AUGGCUGCCGAAAAAACUAAGAAUGUGAAGGAGUUGGAAGCAGCGCUUGGGCUUCUAAAACUUAGCGGGUUUCAAAUGAACAGGUAUUGUGCUGGAAAACAGAUGAGGAAAACAAGGCUACAGACCUGUGUUUUGAACAGGAUAUUUGAAAUAUCGAAAUUUCCCUCUUCAAAGACAAUAAUUGAUCUUGCACUGCUUAUCAAUGUCCAUCCAAAAUCUAUCCAGAAAUGGUUUCAGAACACAAGGCAGGCUAUAAGGAAGAAAGGAUGUGCGAAAGGAAUUCUUGUGUUGGCUGAUCCUGAGGAGCAUAGUGCUAUGGACAUACCUCUUCCUGUUUUGGCGGACAUUGUCGAGGUGGAGAAGCGGAUUGUGUCAAGAUUCGGGCUAGAAUGA